AUCUGCCCUCAUUCAUCCCCCGCCAUGGAAACUAGCACCGGACUUUUUGCAGGGUCUCACAACAGCAACGAACUUGUGGUCAUACAAGGACAUGAAGAAGAGCCUAAGCCUGUGAAGAACUUAGAUGGGCAGCUAUGUGAGAUGUGUGGUGAUUCUGUAGGAUAUACAGUCGACGGAGAUUUGUUUGUGGCCUGUGAAGAGUGUGGUUUCCCAGUGUGCAGGCCUUGUUAUGAGUAUGAAAGGAGGGAAGGAACUCAAGUUUGCCCCCAGUGCCAGACCAGAUACAAGCGAAUCAAAGGAAGCCCAAGAGUUGAGGGGGAUGAAGAUGAAGAUGACAUAGAUGAUAUUGAGCACGAGUUCAAAAUGGAAGAAGAAAGGUACAAGCUCAUGAUAGACCGUGGAGAAGAUGACGAGAAUGCCAAAUUACCAGUAGUAAUAGCCGAGGUGAAUGGAGAGAUUCCUGUUAUUGGAGAACCUGGAAAUGCAAAGUCGGAUGAAAAGACAGAGAUAACAAAUGAAUGGAAGGUGCAACAAGGCAAUCUGUGGCCUGAAACUGAUGCAUCAAUUGAUCCUGAAAAGGCCAUGAGAGACGAAGCUAGACAGCCACUCUCAAGGAAAGUAGCAAUACCAUCAGGCAGACUCAGCCCUUACAGGAUGAUGGUCGCAGCUCGGCUUGUGAUUCUGCUAUUGUUCCUUCAGUACAGAGUCUUACACCCAGUGCCUGACGCAGUUGGACUCUGGCUUGUAUCUGUAAUAUGUGAAAUAUGGCUUACAUUGUCGUGGAUAAUAGAUCAGAUUCCGAAAUGGUUUCCCAUUGGCCGGGAGACAUACCUUGAUAGGCUUUCACUCAGGUUUGAACCAGAGAACAAGCCGAAUUUGUUUCCUCCAAUAGAUGUCUUGUCAUACCGUGGAUCCGAUUAAGGAACCGCCACUAGUUACAGCUAAUACUGUUCUUUCAAUCUUGGCCAUGGAUUACCCU